GUGAUGAUGGGGAUGAGAUGAUGACAGCAUCAAAGAUCAAUGCGUUUUUGUCACAAAACCCACCUGACCACUUUGUUCAUUCUCACUUUCGACUCUUGUUACUCUUCACUUCACUUACGAAGUACUCUGUACACAUUCUUUCCCCCCCGACGCUCUUUUUGCCAUCGACUGGUAUUCAAACGCCCCAAAAACGUAUUCGACGACGUACGACGAACAGAAAAUCCGAAUAUUCUCUUCUCACCCGACGUACAACGGACCAAGACCCGAUCAGUGCUAUCAGUGAUUCACUGAAAUAGCUCACUGCGACUUUACACGCCCUGCAUAGUUUUCCACAAUCUUUAGCCCUUCUAUCUUUUUCCUUCUCCUCGACCAGUGAUCAGUGAGACCAGAAGGACCGACGGCAACUGGUCAGGAUAACAAGAAUGAUUCAUCCAACCAAACUGGUCCAGAUACUUUCUAGCCUUGCUGUGCUUGGCUCUACCCUUACUUUCUUUCAAUACGCCCCAACAACACUUGCCAAACACGGCGCCAGAUCAAGCGACCAUGAUCAUCAUCGACAUCUCGCCGCCCGUCGUUCCGUCGCUCAAGCCGUUCGCAGGCGUACGGGCUCCAAAACUAACCUCAUCAAACGUGGUGCCGACGGAUCCAAAUGUCGUGUCAAAGGUCAAGCAUACACUCCUCCUUCCGUUUCAACAUCCACUUCCGCCACAAGUGACAGCACGACUAGCACUACCAGUAUCACCACUCAAUCCACCACAGUAUGGUCAUCGCCUCCUCCCACCUCCACCGUUCCCCCAUCUUCAUCGCCCUUGCCAACGAGUAGCGCUGCUUCCGGUCCAAAGUUCGGUUUAGCUUGGCCAAACGGAAAUUGGGCAGGAUCAAGUGAUUCGAAUUACAUUGGAAAUUACAUCGGAAGUAAAACGAGUUGGUAUUACACCUGGUCACCAUUUUCAGUUAGUAGUGGAGAUAGUUUGGGGAUCGAAUUUGUGCCCAUGCUUUGGGGUCCGAACCAGGUGUCGGAUUGGUGGGGGCAGCAAGGCCAUUGGCCCAAUACUGUGAAAAAUGCGUUCUUCUUCAACGAACCCAAUGAACAAUCCCAAUCCAAUAUCGCUGCUGGAGCUUCAGUCCAAUAUUGGAUGAACGACUACCUUCCUCUGCGUAACAAAGGCAUUGCUCUUGGUUCAGCCGCCACUACCAACGCUCCGAGUGGUGUACAAUGGGUAAUGGAUUCUAUCUCCGCCUGUAAGCAGUAUGGCAACGCCGCUGCGGACUGCCAGCCAGACUUCGCCGUUUGUCAUUGGUAUUCGACUCAAGUAAGCGACAUGCAAAAUUACCUGUGGAACUACCACCAAACGACUGGGUUGAAGAUAUGGGUGACAGAGUAUGCUUGCCAGUCUUACUCUAAUUUACCACAGUGCUCAAAUGGGGACACUUGGUACUUGCACCAGACCAUGGCGGAAUGGAUGGAUAGUCAAGAUUAUAUUCUUCGAUACAGUCCUUUCGGUGCCAUGGAAAACCUCCAAGGAGUAAACCAGGACAAUGCUUUGAUGAAUCCUUGGGGAAGCAUCACUGAUCUCGGCAAUUGGUACAUCUGGAAUUCUUAGGCCGAAACCCUACAAUCCGACCGGCGCGGAAAUGCCAUCUUCGACGUGUAUGUAAAACGAUCUCGAACGAAACUCACGACUUGAUGUCGAAGCGAACAAUGCAUCUCUUACUUUUCGGGUUGAG